AUGUGGUUAUCUGUAAGCUUCAUCUCAUCGUCCUUGGACCGAAUUCCCCCAGAAUCUAAAGCAGAGCGCAUCUACUACCUGUCUCAGGGUGUGGAUCUGAGCGGCAUCGAGGUGAUAGAGAACGACUUGCUGCUGAUCAGCAGAGCCAGGCUGGAGGUGGAGAACCAGGCCAAGAGGUUGCUGGAACAAGGGAUGGAGAUCCAGAACCCUACCCAGGUCGGCACCGCGUUGCAGGUCUUCUACAACCUGGGCAGUCUCAGAGAGACCAUCAGCUCCGUGGUGGGGGGCUACCGGACCACCAUAAAGGACAACAUCACCAGAGCUCUCGACAUCAAAGGCCUGACGCAGCCAGCUAACCCAAAAGGUGCCCCUGGCAGAGCCGUGCUGCCAACUCCCGGGAACACUGCAGCCUUCCGUGCGGCUCUCUGGACCAACAUGGAGAAACUCAUGGACCAGAUAUGUGCUGCAUGCAGACAGGUGCAGCACUUGCAGAAGGUUCUGAUGAAGAAGAGAGAUCCUGUCAGUCACGUGUGCUUCAUCGAUGAGAUCAUCAAGGACGGUCAGCCUGAUAUCCUCUACACCUUCUGGACUGACGUAACGAGCACGCUCAGCGACGAGUUUCACAAAGCUACCGAAGCCUCGUCCUUCCUGAAGCAGGCGUUCGAAGGGGAGUAUCCCAAACUGCUUCGGCUCUACAACGACCUGUGGCGCCGGCUGCAGCAGUACAGCAGCAGCCUGCAGGGGGCGCUGGCCAGCAGCGGAGGGCUGGACGCCUCCCUGGACCUCACCGCCGCAGACGCCGACGGCCAGGACCUCUUCACGCACGGCAAGCAGGACUACAACCCAGAAAUGGCUCUGAAAGCCUCUCUGCAUCCGUAUGAGGCCGCCUACCUCUCCAAGUCCCUCUCUCGCCUAUUUGAUCCCAUAAACCUGGUGUUUCCGAUGGGAGGCCGCAACCCCCCCUCCAACGACGAGCUGGACAGCAUCAUCAAGACCAUCAGCAGUGAGCUGAACGUGGCAUCGGUGGACCCGAACCUGUCUCUUGCUGUGGCGAAGAACGCCGCCAAGACCAUCCAGCUCUUCUGCGUUAAGUCGGAACAGCUGUUGUCCACCCAAGGCGAAGCCAGUCAGGUGAUCGGUCCAUUAACAGAGGGCCAGCGGAGGAAUGUCGCCGUGGUCAACUCCCUGUACCGCCUGCAACAGGCUGUUGCCAAGAUAAUUUCAGGUUUGGGGUCAUGUCCCCCAGCUGCUGUCGAGGCCCUGUCUUCAUCUUUGGAGGCGGUGCAGGUCCUGAUGAGCGGCGCCGUGCAGCCCCUGCUGCAGUCGGUGGGCGACUCCAUAGAGGCCAUCAUCAUCACGCUUCAUCAGGAAGACUUCGCCGGGCCUCUGUCCGCCCCCGACAAGCCGGACGUGCCGUGCUCCCUGUACAUGAAGGAGCUGCAGGGUUUCAUCGGCCGCGUGAUGGCCGACUACUUCCGACACUUCCAGUGCGUGGACUUCGUCUACCAGAGCACCGAGUCCAUCGCCCGGAGGGCCAUCCAGCUCUUCCUCCGCCACGCCAGCCUGCUGCGGCCGCUGGGGGAGGGCGGCAAGAUGAGACUGGCCGCCGACUUCGCACAGAUGGAGUUGGCGGUGGCUCCUCUGUGCAGACGGGUGUCCGAUCUGGGGAAGCCGUACAGGAUGCUGCGCUCCUUUAGGCCUCUGCUGUUUCAGACCAGUGAGCUGGUCGCCAACAGCCCAGCCGUGGGCGACCUGAUCCCCUACAGCACCCUGAUCCACUUCCUCUUCACGAGAGCCCCGCCUGAACUCAAAUCUCCUCACCAGAGAGCGGAGUGGUCCGUCGCCCGUUACUCCCAGUGGCUGGAUGAUCACCCGUCCGAGAGAGACCGACUCACCCUCAUCAGGGGCGCUCUGGAGGCCUACGUGCAGUCGGUGAGGGCUCGGCAGGGGAAGGAAUUCGCCCCCAUCUACCCAGUCAUGCUCCAACUCUUACAGAGAGCCAGCAGUGUCGGACAGGAAGCCAAAACUUGA